AUGGAAGGAUCCAGCGGGUCGAGUUUUGGGAUAGACACUAUUUUAUCCAGCGCUUCUAACUCUGGUAACCCCGUGCUCAUGAACGGAGAUUUUCGGCUCGGCGACAGCAGGACAGCGGAUUUCAGGAGCCAGGCAACCCCGUCACCAUGCUCGGAGAUAGACACUGUGGGAACAGCCCCCUCGUCCCCCAUCUCGGUCACCAUGGAGCACGCCGCCGAUCCGCAUCUGGUCCAGGACAGCCUUCAGCAUCACCACCAUCACCACAACCAGCCGCAGAGUUUGCCGCUGUCGCCUCAGCAGCAGCCGCUCGCCGGGGCCGGCUGCGCCCCGAGGACUGCCACCUCCUCGUUUUUAAUCAAAGACAUUCUGGGCGACAGUAAACCGCUGGCAGCCUGCGCACCUUACAGCACCAGUGUACCCUCACCCCAUCACACGCCAAAACCAGAAAGUGCCACGGCUCCGGACGGCUUCAGGCCCAAGUUGGAACAAGACGAGAACAGAAGCAAGUUGGACAAAAGAGACGACAUUCAGAGUGAAAUGAAAUGCAACGGGACUAAGGAAGAAGGUGACCGGGAGAUCUCCAGUAGCAGAGACAGUCCACCGAUGCGCACGAAAAAGCCUCGCAAAGCACGGACAGCCUUUACCGACCACCAGCUCAACCAGCUGGAGAGGAGCUUCGAGCGACAAAAAUACCUCAGCGUGCAGGACCGCAUGGACCUGGCCGCGGCUCUCAACCUGACAGACACACAAGUCAAGACCUGGUACCAAAACAGACGGACGAAGUGGAAGAGGCAAACGGCGGUCGGAUUAGAGCUCCUGGCUGAAGCAGGAAACUACUCGGCCUUACAGAGAAUGUUCCCGUCGCCCUAUUUCUACCACCCGAGCCUGCUGGGCACCGUGGACAGCACGACGGCGGCCGCGGCUGCCGCGGCCAUGUACAGCAGUAUGUACCGGACUCCUUCCGCGCCGCAUCCCGGCCUCCAGAGACCCCUUGUCCCGAGGGUGCUCAUUCAUGGCCUUGGGCCGGGGGGGCAACCGGCACUAAACCCCCUGUCUAACCCCAUGCCCGGCUCACAGCAUCCGCGAUAAGACACGAAAUAAGACGAGAAAAGACGAUGACCAGAAACCUGGUUGAACACGUGAUGUGAGUAACUGCAUCGGAACCACAUUGCAGGACUUUUCCUUCCCCCCAAAAAGACACAUUUAAAGACAUUUUACAGAAGUAAAGGAGGUAUUUAAUAUAGGCCCAAAUAGCCUAAAGCCCAGUCCUAUAGACUCUCUGUCCGGGCCGAGACAGACCACCAGGACUGCUCAUGUCUGAUUGUUUGUUUGUUUGUCUUUUGUACAAAUACACUUACA